AUGGCUACUGGAAUGAUGAAAGAGUCUCCCAAGUUCAGAGAUGAAUACGCAAGAGUCCCUGCAGCAAGCUAUCAUGGAUCAGAAACUCCGGUCGACGACGAAGACACAGCCUCAGUCGGCUUGCUUGGCCAUAUUCACCCCAGGCUGCGACACUCCCGGAGUCGCUGGGUCAUCUUCUUCUCAUCGACCAGCCUAGUCCUUGUUCUCGCUCUCCUUGCCACUUCGGUCUAUAUCGCAACCAGCGUCCGAACCAUGGGGAAAGUGAUGUACCUCCAUCCCGAUGGUCGUGAGUUGGGUGACUGUGGCCCCAAUCAUACUGUUGAGGAGGCGCGUGAAUACGGCUGUGUCUUCGAUCCAAUGAGUUGGCUUUGGGUACGCCCUGAAUGCUACGACAAAGUGCUCAUCGAUGACUUCAUGAACCGCACUGAGUGGUCCUGGCAUACCGACUGGAAGCUCACCCCAGAGACUAAAGUGCCGCUCGACGUGGUCUUCAGUGGUGAGCAUCCGCAGUUAUACACAUCCAAGAAGUACCACUCCAUUCACUGCACAUACAUGUGGCAGAAAAUGCACAAGGCGUUACUGGAGCAUGGUCCAGUCGAUAGCGACUUGACAAAUUGGCAUCAUACCCACCAUUGCGAGCAGGUUUUAUUGGACCAAUACCUUCAUGAGGAUUCCGAAUGCACUGCAGACAUGAUCUGUCCUACUCUAGUGCGAGCUACUUGGACGGCAUGUGGGUAUUUCUAG